CGAGAAAUUACCCUAUAAAUAUCGACACUUAAUUACUUGCCACGCAUUCGUACAAAUUGCUCUUAGUUAUAAGUAAAUAAACUGGUUAGCUCUGCAGACAGAAAUAGCCACCAACAACAACAACCCUUUGUCAAGCGCACCACUGCCAGCAUCAGUAGACAAUGGCUGACAAGUCCAUCAAACCUAAUGAAUUGAAUCAUUUGCAGCAUAAGCUGAAAUGCCUUUUUAGGAAUUCCGCCACACAAUUGAACCAACUGAAUAAAACUUUACUUUGGCAGAACUCGAACAUGAAACGAUUAAAGUUGGAUGAAGCAGAGUUAAACUUCAUGCUGUAUCUUAGACAAAACUACAAACUUCCUCAUAGUGAGCAGUUUCUUAUGGACAACAUGGUAGAUGUGCAGAAACUGGAAAGAAAAUUAUGCCGAGAAGUGAUGAAACCAGAAGACUUAGCUUUAUUUGAUAGUAUCAUUAAUAAACGAAAAAACAAAAUCAUAUUGGAGCAAAAAGAGAUACAUAACUUCCAAGAGAUAGAGGAAGCCUUGAAGAAACAGAUCAACAUUAUGGAAAAUUCACUGGAAGUGAAAACACUUGAGUUCGGCCAAAUUCGGUCGGAAUUGGCAAAAAUAAGAAAUGAAUUCUACAGCCUAAAUCAACGAUUGAGAAUAUUUGAAGAUAUUUUCUUCAAUCUAGAGGAGAAACAUGAUAAUCUCUUCUCAAGAAUGCAAACAAUAUCCAAGGCCUGUGUAGAUAUUGGCGACAGGAUAACAGAAGCUGACAAAAAAGUUGUUGGAAUGAGGCAGUUAAUUAAACUUCAUGAAUAUCACUUUAAUUUCGAACUAAACGAAAUAGACCGACAAUCUGUGCAGCAGUGCAAUUUCGAGAACUUUAUGGCUGAUGUUUCCAGAGAACGGGAUUGGUAUACUUUGGAUAACAGCUUGAAGAAAUUAGAGAAGGAACUAAAUACACGAUAUGGACAGCUGAAGGAAGAUCAAACAGCAAUAUCUGCAAUAAAAGAAGCUGCAGUUCAUGACGAUAUUGAUGUUAUUGUAAAGGAGUUUCGCCUCAAUGAGGAAAGCAAUUUUUCACUCUUCAGAUUUGCGGUUGAAAUUCAUGGUCAAUUAAAGAAUAAUGACAACGAACUCCAAUCUUUACUGACUAAAUUUUAUGAAGACGAUAAAUCUUUUAUGAUACAAUAUUCUCAACUACGGAAUACCCUGCAAUCGUAUCAAGCAACGGUUAGUGCAGAUCUAGAGGACGCAGAAGCAGCUCUAGAAAUGAUGGAUAUUGGAGCUGAGCAUAUGGCAAUAUUCCGUGAAGAUUUAAUCGAACUGAUGGAACUCUUAGCAUGUGACAGUAUAUUGAAAACUGACGUUGAAAAUAAUGAUAUUAAAGAUUUCCCCAAAGAUGCUAUAAUAGAUGUUCAAGAUAAAAUCAAUCAGAUUCGUGACCGCUCAAAAAACUUACAAAGUAAAAAACUGAGAAGGCUACCUCAAAUUAUACAACCAUAUGAAAGCAUCCACCUGAUGACGUCACCUCCCGAUCUACCGACUUGGGACUAAGAGACACGUACAUGUUCAAACGCUUUCAUGUAAACUUAACAUUCCAGACACGUUAUUAUUGAAAUUAAUCUGAAAGUAUUGAAUAAAUGAGAAAUGAUGAAUUCGGUAAAAUUUUGAAUUCUAAUUAUUGAAAAAUGGAUGUAAUUCGACAUAAAAUAGAACAAUUUACAAAUCUCUC